AUGACGGGGAAGGGCUCUGACCCGACUCCUGCAGCGAGGCUUGCAUUGGUCCUCCCGACAACCCCGAAAGCCUGGUGGAAAAUCCCUCACCUAUUGACCCUGAAUAGCUACAUCGCCUGCCUCAUUCUCUUUUCCAGCACAGUCGGCUACGAUAUCUCCCUCAUGAAUGGCCUCCAAUCUCUACAUCAAUGGCAAUCCUUCAUGCACGAGCCGAUUGGCGCCUGGCUUGGCUUCAUUAACGCCCUUCAAUCCCUCGGUAGCAUGCUCUUCCAACCCGUAAGCGCAUGGUCUGCCAACCGUUUCGGGCGGAAACGAACGGUUCUCAUCGGCUAUGGCUGGCUAGCUCUGGGCGUUGGUCUUCAAGUUGGGGCCCCGAAUGCGAAGAUGUUUGUCGCAUCGCGAAUAUUCGUUGGUAUUGCAGGGGCUUGGUUCCAGGCUGCCGUGAUCCUGGUCACUGAGAUUGCGUAUCCGUCGCAUCGCUCUCUCGUUACGGCCAUGUAUAUGUGUCAAUAUUAUGUCGGGUCGCUGCUGUCGGCUUGGGUUGCGUUUGGCACGCGGAAUAUGGAUAGUGAUUGGGCUUGGCGGAUUCCGUCUCUGAUGCAGAUUGCUCUGCCACUACUUGCUUUACCGGGGGCUUUACAUGUUCCUGAAUCGCCUCGCUGGUUGAUUCGACAGAAGCGAGUCAAGGAAGCGCGCGAUAUUGUAGUGCGGCUUCAUGCUGGAGGAGAUGAGAGCUCUGAGCUUGUUGCCUUCGAGAUGCACGAAAUUGUGCAGUCGAUUGAGCUUGAGCAGAGUGUGAAUGAGGAUUCUCGUUGGGUCGACUGUGUCAAAACACCGGGAAACCGGUAUCGAUUGUUCAUCAGUAUCUCGCUGGGCUUCUUCUCCCAGUGGAAUGGAGGUGGCGUUGUUUCCUACUAUCUCACCCUCAUUCUGGAUACAAUCGGCAUCAAGUCUGUGACAGAACAAACAUUAAUCAAUGGAUUUCUCCAGCUCUGGAACUUAAUAAUGAGCAUUGUCGGUGCAUGUCUCGUUGAUCGAGCCGGCCGACGAGCGCUCUUCCUCGCAUCCACCAUAAUCAUGCUCAUAAGCUACAUCAUCAUCACGGCGCUUUCAGGGUCCUUUAAUACAACAGGUACGGCGGCCGUGGGGACUGCAGUCAUUCCAUUCCUGUUCAUCUACUAUGCCGGCUACGACAUCGCCUUUACUCCCUUGAUGCUGGCCUAUCCAGCCGAAAUCUGGACACUAUCUUUUCGCGCCAAGGGGGUAGCCAUUUGCGCAAUGGCUAAUUAUGGUGCACUGGUUUUCAAUCAGAUGAUUAACCCUAUUGCUUUCGAGGCCAUUUCUUGGAAGUAUUAUUUUGUCUUUCUGGCCGUUUUGUUAACUGUUUUGGGCACGGUUUACUUUUUUUACCCCGAGACACAUGGCUACUCUCUUGAGGAGAUGGCUGUCAUUUUUGAUGGCGAGUCAGCACUUGGUACAACUGACAGCCCAGCAAGGACGACGCUACAGGAGAAAAACGAGGGGAUCACUCAACAUGCCGAGACUGCAUGA